CGUGGGUCGACGUGGUCGAGUAUUUGGGGUACAAGAAGGGGGAAAAGGACUCCCUGAAGUAGAACUGGGGAGAAACAGUCACCGAAUCAACGAUGCUUCGGGAUAUGGAGGAAUUAAAGCUUAAAGACUCAUCGAGCGCCAGAAGUCCACCAUCGAACUGUUAACCAGCUCAGGCCGUCAAAAGUUUGAACUGGAAAACGUGCAGAUGACAUUUGUGCCAAAGAAGGGCGACUGGGUGACACUCAAAUGUGGACAAGCAGGGGGAAAUUCUCGAGUUGCUGAAGGUGUUUCCAGCACGCAUCCUCUCGAACCAAAAGGUCGAGGUUGAACGCUGUUUCCCAGAGUUCGUUGAUCUUGGCAACUAUGCCUAUUUGCUGCGGGAGACUUUCCCCACUGGUACAGAUCUUCACACGGGCGAUUACGUCCUGGCGGAUCUCAUCGAAUGUGCUUACUCGAAAUUCACGCAUCGCGCCAUCAAAGUGACCCCGCAUCAAGAAAGAGAAGACCUAUUGCGCCGCUCGGGCGGUCACCAUCACUGGCUCAAACCGCUGUAUAACCACCGAGGUGUAUGAGAAGCGUAAGAUCAACCUCCAGGUACAAAACAAUACGAAUCGCAAUUUGGAGCUUCUGAAAGUCCAGCUACAGAAUGGGGCCUAGUCAUAUAUGAGUGUGAUCGAGCCAAUUGCCAAGACCAGUAUUACUGUUGACGACAGCCCUUUGGUGAUCCUUGAGGUGGAGUUCCGCUGCAUCGGCGAAUGGGCGGAGAAAUAUACCCUGCACUUCGAUAAUUUUAAGGUGGAGCGCAUUUUCAAGAUCAUUGCCUGCAAAACACAGAAGCAGGCCGACGAGGCGAGCAUCAUCUGGUUGCGACCGAAUGUUUGGUGAUGCAUUGGCGGCUUUGAAGUUCCAGAGAUUCUGCGCAAUGUCUACCUGAGAGAAUCCCAGGUCGAUGACCUAGAGAGAUUGUAUCCGUGCUCGAAAGAGGCCCUGUGCAUGGCCAACUAUGUGCAGCGCUUCUGUUUCUUCUUGCAUCUGGAGGAAAUGGAAGUGCUCAUUAGGAUUCGAAGAUUUGACAGACACAGGGCUCACAUGAAAAGGGAAGGGGAGUACCUAUCCCUCAAAAUCGAGUAGGGAAGGGGAGCACCUCUCCCAUGGGCGAUCAGUUCAGAAGCGAGCCGUCUUUAAUAUCCUGCGGGGCGAGGCCAAGAACCUGCCGUACGUGAUCUUCGGUCCGCCCGGACCCGGCCAGACCGUCACCCUGGUGGAGGCGGUGCUGCAGAUGGUACAAAAUCGCAUCUUGGUGGCCGCACCCUCGAACAUUGUCGCGGAUCUCAUUAGCAAGCUAAUCAUUGCCAUCAAAGCGCUGACCACUGGCGAAUUCAUUCGAAUCGUCCGGCAAAGUCUGAUUAAGGAAGAACUCAUUCCACCCGAGCUUAUGCCCCACUGUGCCACCUUGGACAUAUGCGCCAAAGAAACCGCUGAAGACACCAUGCUAUUCACCAAGACAUUUCCGGGCGGACACUUCACUCACCUGUUUAUGGAUGAGACUGGCCAGUCGACCGAGCCGGAGACGCUGAUGCCGGCAGCUCUGCUUUCCAAGGAUCGGGGUCGGGUCAUCCUGGCCGGUGAUCCGCAUUAGUUGCAGCCUGUAGUUCACAGCAGCUAUGGACGUGCCUGUGGUUUCGGCACCUCCAUGCUGGAGCGCCUGCUGAACACUCGAACUAUCGGGCCCUGCCCUCGGUCAUGGCCACAUAUAGUAAGCUGUUCUAUGACUAUGAAUUGAUACCAACGGUAUCCGAGAAGGAUUCCCGAGAGGCCACCUUGUUGGCCACAGUGCAGUCCCUACUAGGUACUGGCAAGCCGCGCAACCACGGUGUCUGUUUCUUUGAGAUGAAGGGGCAGGAUAUGCAGCACCCAGACUCUGCCUCGUGGUACGAUGAUCUCGAAGCCACGGAGUUAUAUCUCAUGGUCUUAUCGCUGUAUUGUCGCGGAGUGACUUCCGACCAAAUUGGUCUUCUGACGCCCUAUGCGAAGCAGGCGAAGACGUUAAGGGGCAUGUUCAUGGACACAGAUAUUGUCAUGCCGAAGGUUGACUCGAUUGAAAAGUUCCAAGGACAGGAGCGCGACAUAAUGCUGAUUUCCACUGUGCGCUCCACUGGAGACCAUAUAAGCCAUAAGCGCAUAAUUUUGGCCAUAGCGCGCGCCCGCGCAUUUUUGGUCAUAUACGGUAAUCCCCAUCUCCUCAGCGUCGACGACAAUUGGCGUCAUCUCAUCAACCAUAGCUUUAUUUCCAAAUGGAAUACAAAUAAAUAUUAGAACGAAGAACGAACGAAAAACAUA